AUGCCGGAACCCCGGAAACGUGAAGAUCAGCUGGCUGGUGCUCCUUUUCAAAGGUCUCAGCAUCCUCAUGCUACCUCCUGCCGGCACUUCCACCUUGCCCCCCAGCCUCAGAUCUCAGCAGAUUUCCCCCUGCCUCAUGCCGUCCAGCCUCACCUCGCAGCCGCUCACCAGCACAAUAGCCCGCUUCACUCGUCGCUGCCAACUUUACCUACCCUGCCAUUCCAAGAUGUGACGGGACCUCCGUUCCUACCUCAAGCCCUUCACCAGCAAUAUCUUCUCCAGCAGCGGCUCAUCGAGGCUCAACAUCGCAGGUUCAUAUCCCAUCCCAGGCGGACUCAGGAGCCCAUGUCUGUCCAACCUCAUCGGUUACAUCCAAGCUUUGAAUUUGGCCAUCAACUGCAGACUCCCCGCACCGUGGCGCCCCAGCCUAGAUAUUUAGCGGAAGGAACAGACUGGGAUCUGAGUGUCGAUGCGGGUCUCAGUCACAACCAGUUCCAGGUCAGGCCGGUUCCUCAACAUUAUCAGCAUUAUUUGGCUCCACAAAGAAUGCAUCAUUUCCCCCAGAAUACAUCCUCAACACAGAUGGUUGUCCACGAAAUCAGAAAUUACCCUCAGUUUCAGCUGCUUGCUCUUCAGGGACUGAAUCCAAAUCGGCACUCAUCUGCCGUGCGAGAAAGUCAUGAGGAGUUGUUGCAACUAGAAGACAGGUUGGGAAGUGUGAGUAGGGGAGCUGUGCAAAACACCAUCGAACGGUUCACUUUCCCACACAAAUACAAGAAGCGAUGGCCGCAGGAAGACAAAACAGAAAAGGAAGAAGGAGAAGAGUCAGAUACCGAUGAGAAAUGCACCAUCUGUCUCUCAAUGCUUGAAGACGGCGAGGAUGUCAGGCGAUUGCCGUGUAUGCAUCUCUUUCACCAAGUGUGCGUCGACCAGUGGCUGGCAACCAGUAAGAAAUGCCCCAUCUGCCGAGUGGACAUUGAAACACAACUCGGAUUGGACAGCUGAAAUGAACCGCCAUGCGGGGGUGGGUAGGUGGGUGUGGAACUGCCCCCGCCCCUCCCCCUGCUCUGUUUUCGUGGUCCUUACGGGGCCGUCGGGCCCUUUGCCGCAAAAUGUUUUGCCUUCUGAGCCAUUAGAGUAGAGUUGUUUUUGUUUUUUGAAGAAAGCCUGCAAAGCACAUCCACAGAUUAUUUAAUGAAAUCAAUCCAUCCAUCAAUCAAAAAAGAGGAGGACAAGAGGAAGAGGAAGAAGAAGGGCGACGACGGCGAAGAUGAUUUGAGGGUUAAAAUAAUCUGAACGUAGGGAGGGAUCCGAGCUGCAUGCGUGGGCUGACAUGCAAAGGGAAGACGGCUCGAACGCUCUGCGGGAAGCGCUAGUUGUGAAAACUGAAGGUACUUAGGUGGCCCAACGUUGGCCUUCCAAUCCUACUUCUCAAAAGGGUUGUAUAUAUAUAUAUACCUCUUGAAUAAGUAGACAUGCAUUAGGGGUUCCUUAGCUAUUUCUUACGGAGGUUGUCAGAGCAUGUGCGCUUCAAGGAUGUUGUAUUUUGAUGCCCCGUUAACUUGUGAUGGAAAUGUCGC